AUGAGUAACCAGCGACCUCUUGUUCAUUCUCAGGACAUUCAGAUGGAUGCCAAUGGAGGCCCGCCAGUGAAGCGACCCUGCAUGAAUGAUACGCCGCCCAUCGCAUUGACUCCCGUUGACGAUGGAAGUGAUUUCUACAAUACGCCCUUGGUUGCAGGAACACCGGUGACUACGAAUAAUAACGAGAACCAAGAAAUCUUGGCUUCAAAUCAGACCAGUGGUCCAACUACAUCCCACGCAUCGGCGACAUUAAUCCCAGGCUUGAAUCUUGUCAACAAUACCCUCACAGACCUGCGCUCGGCGAAUAGCGAGAUGAGCCCUCUUCAGUCCACUUCCAACCAGAGUGGGGAGGGCGUCGGUCUCCAGAAUGGCAUCCAGCCAACCACCGCACAGCAUCAACCAGAGACAACACCUCAAUUCAACACAAAGCCUUCCACGGAAGGUAAUGACGCAAUGGAUAUAGAGCAGAAAGGUGGACAACACAAUCAUGAUGAGUUGACGGACUUGAAACCUGAGGUGAACCUGAAUGAGAAUGGCGAUGUAAGCGGAACAGGCAAUGCUCCUGCUGCAGAUGUUACCGGGAAGGACCAGGUUGAAGAGGUGCACCCCGAAUGGGAGAUUGACUCUUCCCCGUACGAGUCGUCGUCCGAUAGUUCCACCACCGAUUCAUCUGAUGACAGCGACGAUGAGGACGAAGAUUAUCCUAUUCUUAGCCCGGAGGAGCAGGCGCGCAUUUUGAUGCAGGCGGAAAUGGGCUCCGACGAUGAAGGGGAGGGAAAAGGCAAAUCGGGUGGUCAUGUCAGAACGGCAAAUGAACUACUGGAGGAGGCCCUUCCGAUCCCCGAAAUUACCGUCACUCCUGAAAUGAAGGUUGUGCUCUUGGGCCAAGUGGAGGCUAUCGUAGAGAAUACUGUCCUUAUCGCCGCCAACAUCUCCGGUGAAUACCAGGUGCUUGAAGGUGGCUCUCUACUUUGCUCCGAAGAUAGGAGUAUUAUUGGCGUUGUUUCUGAAACUCUGGGGAGGGUGGAGAAUCCAUUGUAUACUGUGCGAUAUCCCGACGUUGCUGCCAUUGAAGCACACGGUAUUUCCAAAGGGAAACAAAUCUACUACGUUGAAGAACACUCUACCUUCGUCUUCACUCAGCCUCUUAAAGGGUUGAAGGGAAGUGAUGCUUCAAACUUCCAUGACGAAGAGAUUGCCGAGGACGAGGUGGAGUUCUCUGACGACGAAGCUGAAGCUGAGUACAAGCGGAAACUGAAACAGAAACGGCAGGAAAGGAAGGAGGCUAAGAAUGAGGGUGGCCCGGCGAGAGCCAGACGGGGCAUACCCGGCCCUUCCAAGCUCAAUCAGAGCGAGCUCAACUAUGAGGAUAAUGCCGCUGAAGAUGGGUACACCCCACUUGCACGCCCGAAGAACCUGCAUGAAAUGAUGGGCCACCAGGAGGCGCCUGUCGAGAGCGACGAUUCUCAGAGUAGAGGCGCUGGUUUCCGUGGUGGUCGAGGUCGAGGCAAAGGCUCUGAACGUGGACGAGGAGGCCGUGGCCGGGGAGGACCCAGAACUUCUCAACACCAUGAUGACCAGUCAUAUCAUCAACUGCAACGCUCCGAUUCUCAGCCUCAGCCUUCUCACUACAAUGCUCAGUCCUACCAGCAGAGCCAGCAAGGCUCCUAUAAUAUGCCUCAGCAAUUGCCUACUUAUCCAUCCUUCCAGCCCCAGGCCCAGCCACAGCCCCAACAGCAACAACAGCAGCAGCCGCAACAACAGCAACAGCCAUUUGGCCAAGGUGUACUUCCUUUCAAUUUCCAAAUGCCAUUCCUACAGGCCUACCAACAACCAAAUCCAUACCAGCAAUUCCCCCCCAACGCCCAUAUUAACCCACUAUUUUUGGCAGCCUUGCAACAGCAGCAGCAGCAACAACAAUAUCAGCAAUCGCAACAGGGCUCUGGGCAACAACAGCAGGCGCAAAAUCCAACGAUGAAUUUUGACCAGGUCAAGGCUCAGUUGGAACUCCUGCGGCAACUAAGUAACGGCAACCAAGGGCCUCCUCGUUCAUAA